AUGAUUAGAAUUUGUGGACCAAAACUAGCAAAUUGUUGCUUUCUUAUAAGUAUAUGGGGUAUUGUAAUGUUGGUAAGUUUUACUUUUGGGGUUUGGACCUUAGUUUUCAUGUGUCUAUGCCAAAACAAACGGGUGUUUGCCCAUAUACUCUUUGAAAGUGAUUGUGUCAAGGGGUAAUUAAGCUUAAACAAAUUAAUAAUUGGUACAGUCAGGAGUCUACGUUGAACAUUUUACAAGGGAUAGGUUAACUUAUUCAGAACUAAAAAUGAUAAGAUUUCUGUUUUUCAUCAGCUCCUACUGGGCGUGUUUUUCAGUGUACGUAGUGUAGCACUCAUUGAUGAUAUCCCAAGUGGCUUGGGUGAAACGCAAGGAUACAAGUCUUCUGCAAAGUUUGUAUUUUUUUAAAAAAUCGUUAUCUAUUUAUUGACAUGAUACGAAACAGUUGUUUUCUUAUUAAACAUCCUUGAAGAUAGGGAAAGAGAAAGUGAGCUAUUUAUUUAUUUGAUUAUCGACUCUGACAGAAAGCCCCGAGAAUGGUAAUAUAUUAGUUACAUGUAGGUAUUGUGAACUCAGAACUGAUGUGCUCAAAUUAUUUUGCCAUAUUUUUCAAAGAGAAUGGGCUCCUCGGGUAACUGGAGUUCAUGUCUGUGGAUACAGAGUACUAAUGGCUAUUUUGUUCAUUUUGGGGCAGGGUGAAAAGAAGUCAUGUUUGACUUUGACUGCUGUUAAAUUCACAGCAAGAAGUGACUGACAGAUACUAAAGAGACACAAGCAGAAACAAAUUUAGUCCAAUUCUCAGACCUCCAUAAAUCACCAGGACCCUGUUGUUCAAACUUUGGAUAACAAUAUCCAAUGGCUAAACCACUAUUCAGCAGAUAAGUAUUGGGUAAAGCAAUUGGGUUAUCCACCUUUUAAACAACUGGAGCCAGGAGAUUGAGGUGACUUUAACCAAAGUACUCGCUCCUCAACCAGAUGCCAACUGAAUAUUUUAAGGUGGGAGAGAGAACACAGGGCUAAGUUUCUUAACUGAAGAUGUUUUUUUUUUUCUCCCAGGAAUUGUUUCAUAGCAGCAGGAGUUUACGGUGUCACAUUACUUUUAGCAGUUCAUCAGAAAUGGGUGAACAGUCGGACAGGGGACACACAGAGACUGUAA